CACUCAGCGCGCCUCGCGGGUGACGCCACGUCCGCGCCGCCUUUCUGGUGCUACCUGGCGUCUUUCGCCCUUCAGUGGAUCGUGUCUCUCGUCUCCCGUGUGCAUUGGCGGUUCCUUUCCAAACCCAGUGCGCCGUAAGGGCUCGGAGCCGCCGCGAGGGCGUCGUAGAAAUUGCUUCAUCAUGAGAAAUCUGAAGUUGCAUCGGACCCUGGAGUUUCGGGACAUUCAGGCACCAGGGAAACCUCAGUGUUUCUGUCUGCGAGCCGAGCAGGGCACGGUGCUGAUUGGCUCAGAACGUGGACUGACAGAAGUAGAUCCUGUGAGAAGAGAAGUGAAGACUGAAAUUUCUUUGGUGGCAGAAGGUUUUCUUCCAGAGGAUGGAAGUGGCUGCAUUGUGGGUAUUCAGGACUUGCUGGAUCAGGAAUCUGUGUGUGUGGCCACUGCCUCUGGGGACGUCAUAGUCUGCAAUCUCAGCACACAGCAGCUGGAAUGUGUUGGGAGUGUGGCCAGUGGUAUCUCUGUCAUGAGCUGGAGUCCUGAUCAAGAACUGCUGCUUCUUGCCACAGCUCAACAGACCCUGAUUAUGAUGACAAAAGACUUUGAAGUGAUCGCAGAGGAGCAGAUCCACCAGGAUGAUUUUGGAGAAGGCAAGUUUGUCACUGUUGGAUGGGGCAGUAAGCAGACGCAGUUCCACGGCUCAGAAGGCAGGCCAACAGCCUUUCCAGUGCAGUUGCCUGAGAAUGCCUUGCCCUGGGACGACCACAGACCACACAUUACCUGGCGUGGGGAUGGGCAAUAUUUUGCUGUGAGUGUUGUUUGUCGACAAACAGAGGCUCGGAAGAUCCGAGUAUGGAACCGAGAGUUUGCCUUGCAGUCAACCAGUGAGUCUGUGCCAGGACUGGGGCCCGCCCUGGCUUGGAAACCCUCAGGCAGUUUGAUUGCGUCUACUCAAGAUAAACCCAACCAGCAAGAUGUUGUGUUUUUUGAGAAAAAUGGACUUCUUCAUGGGCAUUUUACACUUCCUUUCUUAAAAGAUGAAGUUAAGGUAAAUGACUUGCUGUGGAAUGCAGAUUCCUCAGUGCUUGCUGUAUGGCUAGAAGACCUCCCAAAGGAAGACAGUGCCACUCUGAAAAGCUAUGUCCAGCUCUGGACGGUGGGGAACUAUCACUGGUAUCUGAAGCAAAGCCUGCCCUUCAGCACCACUGGGAAGAACCAGAUUGUGUCUCUGCUGUGGGACCCGGUGACACCGUGUCGACUCCAUGUUCUCUGUCAGGGCUGGCGGUAUCUAUGCUGUGACUGGCACUGGACCACUGAUCGGAGCUCUGGGAAUAGUGCCAAUGACUUGGCAAAUGUGGCUGUUAUUGAUGGAAACAGGGUGUUGGUAACAGUCUUCCGGCAGACCGUGGUCCCACCUCCCAUGUGUACCUACCGGCUGCUGAUACCACAUCCAGUGAAUCAAGUCAUAUUCUCUGCUCACCUUGGAAAUGACCUUGCUGUCCUCGACGCCAGUAACCAGAUUUCUGUCUACAAGUGUGGUGAUAAGGCAAACAUGGAUUCCACAGUGAAACUAGGAGCCGUGGGUGGAAAUGGAUUUAAAGUCCCUCUUACAACACCUCAUUUGGAAAAGAGAUACUCGAUUCAGUUGGGGAACAAUGAAGAAGAUGAAGAAGUAAACGCACUGCAGUUGAGCUUUCUCACCUGGGUUGAAGACGACACUUUCCUGGCUAUAAGCUACAGUCACUCCAGCUCACAGUCCAUUAUUCACCAUUUGACUGUGGCCCAUUCUGAGGUGGAUGAGGAGCAAGGCCAGCUGGAUGUCAGUUCGUCUGUGACAGUGGAUGGAGUCGUCAUUGGUUUAUGUUGCUGUUCUAAGACCAAGUCAUCAGCAGUACAGCUGGCUGAUGGCCAGGUGCUCAAGUACCUUUGGGAGUCACCUUCUCUGGCUGUGGAACCCUGGAAGAACUCUGAAGGAAUUCCUGUUCGAUUUGUUCAUCCAUGCACACAGAUGGAAGUAGCCACGAUUGGAGGAGAGGAAUGUGUCAUUGGUCUGACUGACAGGUGUCGCUUUUUUAUCAAUGACACUGAGGUCGCAUCAAAUAUCACGUCAUUUGCUGUGUGUGAUGACUUUCUACUGGUGACAACCCAUUCCCACACCUGCCAGGGUUUCUCCCUAAGCGGUGCCUCACUUAAAAUGCUACAGGCAGCUCUGAGUGGCAGUCAUGAGGCCAGUGGAGAAAUUCUGCGGAAAGUGGAAAGGGGUUCCCGGAUCGUCACAGUUGUUCCCCAGGACACAAAGCUUAUACUACAGAUGCCGAGGGGAAACUUGGAGGUUGUUCAUCAUCGGGCCUUGGUCUUGGCACAGAUUCGGAAGUGGCUGGACAAACUUAUGUUUAAAGAAGCAUUUGAAUGCAUGAGGAAACUGAGAAUUAACCUCAAUCUGAUUCAUGACCAUAACCCCAAGGUGUUUCUCGAAAAUGUGGAAACCUUCAUAAAACAGAUCGAUUCUGUAAAUCAUAUAAACUUGUUUUUCACAGAACUUAGGGAAGAAGAUGUCACAAAGACCAUGUACCCUCCCCCGAUUACCAAGAGUGUCCAAGUGUCCACACAUCCUGAUGGGAAGAAACUUGACCUCAUCUGUGACGCGAUGAGAGCAGCCAUGGAGAACAUCAAUCCUCGAAAGUUCUGCCUGUCAAUACUCACAUCUCAUGUGAAGAAAACCACUCCGGAACUGGAAAUUGUGCUGCAGAAGGUACAGGAACUUCAAGGAAAUCUUCCCUUUGAUCCUGAGAGUGUGAGUGUAGAGGAGGCUUUGAAAUACCUGCUGCUCCUGGUGGAUGUUAAUGAAUUAUUUAAUCAUUCUCUUGGGACCUAUGACUUUAAUUUAGUCCUCAUGGUAGCUGAGAAGUCACAAAAGGAUCCUAAAGAAUAUCUUCCAUUUCUGAAUACACUUAAGAAAAUGGAAACUAAUUACCAGCGGUUCACCAUAGACAAGUACUUGAAACGAUAUGAAAAGGCCCUUGGACACCUCAGCAAGUGUGGACCUGAGUAUUUCACAGAAUGCUUAAAUUUGAUAAAAGAUAAAAACUUGUAUAAAGAAGCUCUGAAGUUAUAUCGGCCAGACUCACCACAGUACCAGGCGGUCAGCGUGGCUUAUGGCGAGCACCUGAUGCAGGAGCACCUGUACGAGCCAGCAGGGCUUGUGUUUGCCCGCUGUGGGGCCCAGGAGAAGGCACUUGAAGCGUUUUUGGCUUGUGGCAGCUGGCAGCAAGCCCUCUGUGUGGCUGCCCAGCUUCAGAUGGCCAAAGACAAGGUGGCUGGCCUUGCUAGAACUCUGGCAGGAAAGCUGGUGGAGCAGAGGAAACACAGUGAGGCAGCCACAGUCCUGGAACAGUAUGCCCAGGUGAGCUCCUCCCGUGACACCACAUCAGCAAGAGAAUCUCCCAUACCUGCUGUUGGUGAAAACUGAAGGAAUCCUGCUAAUGGUUAGCUCUUGAUGCGGAGUUAAUUAUAAAGGAUCCAUUUGCUGGCUUGCCCUGAAAAUCUCAGUCUGGUGUGUCUAACCCUGCAUCCAAAUCUGAAAACCCUCAAAAUCUGCAGUGUUUGAGAACUGAAAGGGAUGCCACAGAUAUGAAAUCCUGUUCCUGCCCAUGGGACAGGUUAUAUUCAGAGUGUAGGGCAUGGGGUGUGCAUAGGAAAUACAAAUGAGUUACUUGCUUAAACUUCUCUUCUGUUCCCCAAGAUAAUGAAUGCAUUGUAUAUGUGUAAAUAUUGUAAAAUCUGAAAA